GGCGGGAAGCCGGGCGGCUGGGAGUGUUUUCAGUUCCGCCUCCAAUCGACCAUUCCCCUCUUCCCCUCCCAGCCCCCUCCAUCCCAUUCGGAAGAGGAAAGAACAAAAGGUCCCGGACCCCCGGAUCUGACGGGGCGGGACCUGGAGCCCCGGUCCAGGUUAGAUAGAGGAGGACGUUUUCUUAGUGUGAAUUGCUGCCUUUGGUAGAACAUGUCGUCCAUCUUGCCAUUCACUCCACCAGUUGUGAAGAGACUGCUGGGAUGGAAGAAAUCUGCUGGUGGGUCUGGAGGAGCAGGCGGAGGAGAACAGAACGGACAGGAAGAAAAGUGGUGUGAGAAAGCAGUUAAAAGUCUGGUGAAGAAGUUAAAGAAAACAGGACGAUUAGAUGAGCUUGAGAAAGCCAUCACCACUCAAAAUUGUAAUACUAAAUGUGUUACUAUACCAAGCACUUGCUCUGAAAUUUGGGGACUGAGUACACCAAAUACGAUAGAUCAGUGGGAUACAACAGGCCUUUACAGCUUCUCUGAACAAACCAGGUCUCUUGAUGGUCGUCUUCAGGUAUCUCAUCGAAAAGGAUUGCCACAUGUUAUAUAUUGCCGAUUAUGGCGCUGGCCAGAUCUUCACAGUCAUCAUGAACUCAAAGCAAUUGAAAACUGCGAAUAUGCUUUUAAUCUUAAAAAGGAUGAAGUAUGUGUAAACCCUUACCACUAUCAGAGAGUUGAGACACCAGUUUUGCCUCCAGUAUUAGUGCCACGGCACACUGAGAUCUUAACAGAACUACCGCCUCUGGAUGAUUAUACUCACUCCAUUCCAGAAAACACUAAUUUCCCGGCGGGAAUUGAGCCACAGAGUAAUUACAUCCCAGAAACACCACCUCCUGGAUAUAUCAGUGAAGAUGGAGAAACAAGUGAUCAACAGCUGAACCAAAGUAUGGACACAGGAUCUCCAGCGGAGCUGUCUCCUACCACUCUUUCCCCCGUUAAUCAUAGCUUGGAUUUGCAGCCAGUUACUUACUCAGAACCUGCGUUUUGGUGUUCAAUAGCAUAUUAUGAAUUAAACCAGAGGGUUGGAGAGACCUUCCAUGCCUCACAGCCCUCGCUCACUGUAGAUGGCUUUACAGACCCAUCCAAUUCAGAAAGGUUCUGCUUAGGUUUACUCUCCAAUGUCAACCGAAACGCUACAGUAGAAAUGACAAGAAGGCAUAUAGGAAGAGGCGUGCGCUUAUAUUACAUAGGUGGGGAAGUUUUUGCUGAGUGCCUAAGUGACAGUGCAAUCUUUGUGCAGAGCCCCAAUUGUAAUCAGAGAUACGGCUGGCACCCUGCAACAGUGUGUAAGAUUCCACCAGGCUGUAAUCUCAAGAUCUUCAACAAUCAGGAAUUUGCUGCCCUUCUGGCUCAGUCUGUUAAUCAGGGUUUUGAAGCCGUGUACCAGCUAACUAGAAUGUGCACCAUAAGAAUGAGUUUUGUGAAAGGAUGGGGAGCAGAAUACCGAAGGCAGACAGUAACAAGUACUCCUUGCUGGAUUGAACUUCAUCUGAAUGGACCUCUACAGUGGUUGGACAAAGUAUUAACUCAGAUGGGAUCCCCUUCAGUGCGUUGCUCAAGCAUGUCAUAAAGCUUCAUCACCAAUCAAGUCCCAUCAAAAGACUUAAUGUAACAACUCUUCUGUCAUAGUAUUUGUGUAUGGUCCCCAUGGACUGUUUACUAUCCAAAAAUUCAAGAGAGAAAACAGCACUUGAGGUCUCAUCAAUUAAAGCACCUUGUGGAAUCUGUUUCCUAUAUUCAAAUAUUAGAUGGGAAAAUUAGUGUCUAGAAAUAUCCUCCCAUAAAGGAGGAAGAGAAGAUUUUAAAGACUUAAUGAUGUCGUCUUGGGCAUAAAACUGAGUGUCCCAAAGGUUUAUUAAUAACGGUAGUAGUUAUGUGUACAGGGAAUGUAUCAUGAUCCAGUAUCACAGUAUUGUGCUGUUUAUAUACAUUUUUAAUUUGCAUAAAUUAGGUGUGUGUGUGUGCUGCUUCUUGUUUUAGGCAAGCCUUUAUAAUGUUACAGUACCUAAUCUGUUACUCCCACUUCUCCGUUAUUUUUGUGUGUCUUUUUUAAUAUAUAAUAUAUAUCAAGAUUUUCAAAUUAUCAUUUAGAAGCAGAUUUUCCUUGUAGAAAAACUAAAUUUCCUGCCUUUUACCAAAAAUAAACUAGUGGGGGAAGAAAAGUGGAUUAACUUUUGAAAUCCUUGACCUUAAUGUGUUCAGUGGGGCUUAAAUGUUCAUUCUUUUUGCGUUUGUUUAUUUACUGCUAAAUCUCAUUAUGGAAACCAUAUUGAAAAUCUUCCCAGUCCUCUUCUCCAUUCCCACUUUUGUCCUAAUACCAAAACGGCAUAGCGUGACAUCCAUCACCAGUGAUGGUCGCACUGGUACUGCCAGCACAGGCUGGUUCUGGGGUGCAGUAGAAAUUCAUAGGGAGUAAUUCUCCUUCCCCUACAACCAGAUUUUACCAGCUGACAAUUGACUUGUGUAAACCUUAGCAGUCUACUGAUUUAUUCUUACACCUCAUAAAAAAUGUGCAGGUGGCAGUAUAAUUACUGUGAGGGAUAUGCCCAAUUAUUACAGUGUAUUUAUCCUUUUUUAAGAAAGCCCAUCGAUAAAUCUUUUUAGAAGGUAUUUUAAAACAUCUCAGCAGCAGACCUUGUGCUCUUUAAUUGGAGUAGUUUCAUUUGGUUUAGCUACCAGGUCGUAUUAAGAAAUGGACCUUUUGUAAAUGUAAUUGCUUCUGCAAAAUACCUAGAGAAGUAAUGCUGAGGUAUGAUCAGAUAAGGGCCAUCUGUUUUUAAAAUAUGUUGUAUUCAGUUUAUAAAAUCUGUUAUUUUACAUAAUUGUGAACUUAGAAUUAAAAAGUUGGGGGAGAAGCCGCUUAAGCUUUUCAGCUUGUAAUUAUCUGCAGCCUGAGCGGGCCCUAAACCAGUUCAUAACUGUCAUCACCAACUGUAUUUUGUACUCUGCAGUGAGAGGCGAUCCCAGAAACUCUGUUGGUAGUCCAUUAUGCAGCAGAUAAUACUUAUGUCUAAUGCUAACCCAUUGCAAUUUACACUUUAUUUUUUCUCGUUUUCAUCUCAAUAGAAAUGGAAAAUAACCACUCCUGACCCCCUUUUAGUAAAUUUUCAUAUUUUGAAGAUA